UCAGCACAGUACACGCUCCGCGGUAGCUUGUAGCAAUAAGUGAAAAAAAAAUAUACAAAUCGAAACCAUGUUUAAGUUAAAUUACUGUGUUUUAAGCAUAUUUUUUUUGUUUAUAACCGUGCAGUGUUCCUACGAUCGUGUCGAAGGAGAACGAUGUGAAACUGAGCAAGGUGUCGGCAAAUGCGUCCAUGUGUUCAGAUGUCUGUCGUCUAUCGUCGAUCUGAAGGCUAAAAGUCAUCCAAAGAUAUGUUCGUUCAAACGAAAGGAGCCUAUAAUAUGCUGUAACGACUGUGAACUGGUCAAUGACACAAGGAAUGCUAUCGUGGACACUGGAGGUGGGGUAUACUUUAAAAGCGGACGGAAGGCGAUAGAUAAAUGCCUCGAGCACCUGUCCUAUCUGCCGUACCCCUGUCAGACAAGAGGAUUGGAAAAAAUUUGGGACGAUAAAAAACAGUGUAAUUAUUACGAAGUCAAAGUCUACGCAGUUGUGCACGGCGGGGAAAACGCUGAGAGGUCGCGGUACCCACACAUGGCGCUACUAGGGUACGGACAGGAAGUCGACUCAGCACAGUGGCUGUGUGGUGGUUCCCUCAUCAGUGACAGAUUCAUACUGACUGCCGCCCACUGCAUCAUAGAAUCUGCUAUAGGACCUGUGACGUUCGUGGCUAUGGGUAUCCUAAAGAGGUCGGAUCCCAUGAAGUUGUGGCAGAUAUAUAAAGUCAGGAGAAUCAUGCAACAUCCGGAGUACGCCCCACCUUCGAAAUACAAUGACAUCGCCUUGAUCGAGAUUGAUAGACCUGUACAAUAUAGUAAGGACGUGUUCCCAGCGUGCUUAGAUUACGAAGGCCAAGACCAGUUCAAUGCCCAGGCCACAGGCUGGGGUAAACUCGGCAAGCAUCAACCAUUGGCUGAUAAUCUACAGACGGUAACACUACAAAAAUUCUCAAGUGAACAGUGUCUGAAGAAUUACCCGCCUCAUCGGCUUCUGAAGCAGGGAUACAACUCAGAGACACAGCUCUGUUAUGGAGAUUUGAAGGAACCCAAAGAUACUUGCGAGGGUGACAGCGGAGGCCCUCUACAAGUGACACCACGCCUUUCAAAAUGUCUGUAUAGCAUCAUAGGUGUGACGUCAUACGGGCGAGCAUGUGGGUAUGCAGGCGACGCCGGGAUGUACACGCGAGUGUAUCACUACGUGCCAUGGAUAGAGAGCGUCGUGUGGCCUGGACGGCAGUAACAUUCUCCCGCUCCCCCUCCCCCAACCCCAAAAUCCCAAUCCCCAAUCCCAGCACCGCACUUGUAACGCCUCUGGUAUUC